AACACUUGUCCUUCCCUAAAACCCUAAUUUCAAAAUCGACUGAUGUUAGCGAUUCGAUCGUCGAAUUACCUCCGAUGCUUACCUUCUCUCUGUACUAAAACCCAAAUUUCUCAAUUCUCCUCCGUGUUACUGUCUUUUAGCCGCCAAGUUUCCCACUUGCGCCUUAGCUCGUGCCAUAGAGCCAUGUCUUCUUCCCGCCCUUCUGCAUUUGACGCUCUCAUGUCCAAUGCUCGCGCAGCCGCCAAGAAGAAGACGCCCCAGACCUCUACUCCGUCUCGCUCGCCGAAUAAAAGGAAAAUUGAGGAAAUCCAAGAUGCUAAUUUGGUCAAAACUCUUGUUUCCGAAGGUACACUUCCAAAACCGGAGGAUCCUAUUUCUGAUUCUGCAAAACCCAGAUCGGAUACGUCGUCAAUUGCGGAAGAUUCGAAGACCGGAACGAAAAAGGCUAGGACUUUGAGCAAGACGGAUAAAAUUGACGAAAUGAAGAGCACAAUUGGAUUGUUGAAGAAGAAGCCUAAUGAUUUCGAUCCUGAAAAAGUGUCUUGCUGGGAGAAAGGGGAGAGAGUUCCGUUUCUGUUUCUCGCAUUGGCUUUUGAUCUGAUUUCAAAUGAAAGUGGCCGGAUUGUGAUUACUGAUAUUUUGUGUAACAUGUUGAGAACCGUUAUUGCCACUACUCCUGAGGAUUUGGUCGCUACUGUUUAUCUUGCGGCAAAUGAGAUUGCCCCUGCUCAUGAAGGUGUAGAAUUGGGAAUUGGUGAGGGUACAAUUAUCAAGGCUAUCUCUGAAGCUUUUGGUAGAACUGAGGAUCAUGUUAAGAAGCAGAAUACGGAACUGGGAGAUUUAGGGCUUGUUGCAAAAGGAAGCCGGUCGACUCAGACUAUGAUGUUCAAGCCCGAACCAUUGACUGUUGUCAAGGUCUUUGAUACGUUUCGACAAAUUGCUAAGGAAAGUGGAAAAGAUAGCAAUGAAAAGAAGAAGAAUCGAAUGAAGGCACUUCUUGUGGCAACAACAGACUGUGAACCUCUUUACUUAACACGUCUACUUCAGGCAAAAUUGCGGUUAGGGUUCUCAGGUCAGACUGUCUUAGCCGCCUUGGGACAAGCCGCUGUGUAUAAUGAAGAGCACUCAAAGCCACCCCCAAAUACCAAGUCUCCCUUAGAAGAGGCUGCGAAGAUUGUUAAACAAGUAUUCACGGUACUUCCUGUCUAUGACAUUAUUGUUCCUGCUCUUCUAACUGGUGGUGUGUGGAAUCUUCCAAAAACUUGUAACUUUACAUUGGGUGUUCCAAUUGGACCCAUGCUUGCAAAACCAACCAAAGGUGUAGCAGAGAUACUGAAUAAAUUCCAGGACAUCGUUUUCACAUGCGAAUACAAAUAUGAUGGGGAACGUGCACAGAUACAUUUUAUGGAAGAUGGUACAUUUGAGAUAUACAGUCGAAAUGCUGAAAGAAACACUGGGAAGUACCCGGAUGUUGCUCUUGCAUUAUCAAGAUUAAAGAAGCCCUCUGUGAAAUCUUUUAUUCUGGAUUGUGAGGUUGUUGCUUUCGACAGGGAGAAAAAGAAAAUUCUUCCGUUCCAGAUUUUGAGCACUCGAGCCCGUAAAAAUGUGAAUGUCAAUGAUAUCAAGGUUGGCGUAUGCAUCUUUGCUUUUGACAUGUUAUAUCUAAAUGGCCAACAACUUAUCCAAGAGAAUCUUAAUAUUCGCCGAGAGAAGCUAUACGAAUCAUUUGAAGAAGAUCCGGGGUAUUUCCAGUUUGCAACUGCUCUAACAUCUAGCGAUAUCGAUGAAAUACAAAAGUUUCUUGACGCUUCUGUUGAUGUUGGCUGUGAAGGUUUAAUCAUUAAAACAUUGAACUCGGAUGCUACAUAUGAGCCUGCCAAGCGAUCGAAUAAUUGGCUAAAACUGAAGAAAGACUAUAUGGACAGCAUUGGGGACUCAAUGGAUCUUGUACCAAUUGCUGCUUUCCAUGGACGUGGCAAACGCACAGGUGUCUAUGGUGCAUUUUUACUCGCUUGCUAUGAUGUUGAUAAGGAAGAGUUUCAGAGCAUUUGUAAAAUCGGUACUGGAUUUUCUGAUGCCAUGCUUGACGAACGGUCAUCCAGUCUUCGCUCUCAAGUGAUUGCUACUCCAAAACAAUACUACCGAGUUGGAGACAGCCUCAAUCCAGAUGUUUGGUUUGAGCCCACUGAGGUCUGGGAAGUGAAAGCAGCUGACUUGACAAUUAGUCCUGUGCACCGUGCAGCUACCGGCAUUGUGGAUCCUGAUAAGGGAAUUUCUCUUCGUUUUCCUCGUCUACUUCGUGUACGGGAAGACAAGAAGCCAGAGGAUGCAACAUCAUCUGAGCAGAUUGCUGAGAUGUACCAAGCUCAGAAACACAAUCAUCCAAGUAAUGAAGUCAAAGGAGAUAACUCAGCUGACUUUUCUGGUUAUAGCUCGAGAAGGUUAUCUCUUCCUCGAUUGUCUACCAUUCAGCAAAGAGACAGAAUCAUGUUGAAUUCUCCAAGUACAUGUACUGUUACCAUUGAGGUUUUGGGGCACGAAUUAAAAUUUGCUCAGGAUCCUAAUUCGAAGCAUUUAGGAACAACCGUGUGGGAUGCGUCCAUGGUGUUUGCCAAGUAUCUGGGGAAAAAUUGCAGGAAGGGAAGGUUUAGUCCAUCUAAACUGAAAGGGAAACGUGCUAUUGAACUAGGAGCAGGUUGUGGCGUUGCAGGAUUUGCUUUGGCGAUGCUGGGGUGUGAUGUGGUUACAACUGACCAAAAGGAGGUAUUACCACUACUAAAGAGGAAUGUAGAAUGGAAUACGUCCACAAUCUUGCAGAUGACUCCUGGUUCAGCAUCAUUUGGAUCGCUCCGAGUUGCAGAACUUGACUGGGGAAAUGAAGAUCAUAUAAGGGCCGUUGGGCCGCCCUUUGACUAUGUCAUCGGUACUGAUGUUGUAUAUUCUGAGCAGCUUCUGGAACCUCUAUUGCGUACGAUACUUGCGCUAUCAGGGCCAAAGACAACAGUUAUGUUGGGAUAUGAGAUACGUUCGACUGUUGUUCAUGAUAAAAUGCUUCAGAUGUGGAAAGACAACUUUGAAGUCAAAACCAUACCGAGGUCCAAGAUGGAUGGUGAAUACCAAGACCCGAGCAUUCAUCUGUACAUCAUGGCACAGAAAUCUCCUGCCGAGAGCUCUGGAAACGUGAGCCGAGAUGAAGUUGUUAUUGACACAGAAGAAACAAAGUGUGAGACGAAAGUCCCAACUGGAGAAUGCCAGAACAGGGUGGAAGAGGAAGCUGUUGUUACACAUGGUCCUCGUCUAAAUGAAGAUAGUUUGUUGAUGAGACUACGGGACGGAAAGCUAAGUGAAUGGGAGAUGAGAAGGUAUGGUACAGUUGCUGCACAGCUUCUCCGUGACGUUAAGAUAGAUGUUAAGGUGAAAAAAUAACCUUCCAUUAGCGACUUUCAGAGCCUUGUUCCUCAAGAUCCACCACUUUGAUUUUUAGUUUUGGUAUCAGGGACAGGGAGAAUGUAUACAAUGAAUUGAUCUUGUAGACUUCUAUUAAUGAUUUAGCUGUUUGUGCUACAUUCCAUAUAAAAAUCACAGUUAAUU